CUAAGGAAGCUGAUGUGUUAUUCCUUCUCUGCAUCGAAGGAUCAGGAAGUUGGUGCUCUCUGCGUGGCUGAGAAGUUUUUCACCUACUAGAACGGGGUGGGGGGUGGGGGGACGGGUUUCCUCCUGAAAUAGAGCGCAAGCUGCUGCCUGCGUCUGGCCGGAACCCAGGAGUAACGCCAGAAACAGUUCAGAAUGACCACUUUAACUCACCGGGCCCAUCGCACUAAAGUAGGCAAGAACUCCGAAAAGAAGGUAGAAAGUGAAGAAGACAUUAUUAAUCAAGACAGGAGUACAGACAGUGAAGAUUCUGGAGACUCCAAGGAUAUCCGCCUCACCCUUAUGGAAGAAGUUCUGCUCCUGGGACUAAAAGAUAAAGAGGGUUACACAUCUUUCUGGAAUGACUGCAUAUCAUCUGGCCUGCGAGGGGGCAUCCUGAUAGAGCUGGCCAUGCGGGGUCGAAUCUAUCUGGAACCCCCGACCAUGCGUAAGAAGCGACUCCUAGACAGAAAGGUACUGCUGAAGUCAGACAGCCCAACGGGUGAUGUUUUACUGGAUGAAACUCUCAAACACAUCAGAGCCACAGAACCCACAGAAACUGUCCAGACAUGGAUAGAGCUACUCACCGGCGAGACCUGGAAUCCCUUCAAAUUACAGUACCAGCUGAGAAAUGUAAGAGAGCGAAUUGCAAAGAACCUAGUAGAGAAGGGUAUUCUAACCACUGAGAAGCAGAAUUUCCUCCUAUUUGACAUGACUACUCAUCCAGUGACCAAUACAACAGAGAAACAGCGACUAAUGAAAAAACUUCAAGAUAGUGUCCUAGAGCGGUGGGUAAAUGACCCUCAGCGUAUGGACAGACGAACUCUAGCACUCCUGGUGCUAGCCCACUCCUCCGAUGUGCUGGAGAAUGUCUUCUCCUCUCUGGCAGAUGACAAGUAUGAUGUGGCAAUGAAUCGAGCCAAGGACCUAGUAGAACUGGACCCUGAAGUGGAGGGGACAAAGCACAGUGCCACAGAGAUGAUCUGGGCGGUGCUGGCAGCUUUCAAUAAAUCCUAAGGCCAGCAGGUGGGUUUUUCCUUCUUCCCCUGCUGGCUUGGUGACUGUCAAGAUACACCGUCACUGAGUUUUGUGCGAUGAGAUGUUGUUCAUCAUCUUUCUUUCCUUCUCUUGAAUCAGACUUGUGAUUUGGGGAGAGCAACUUGAGGGCUUCUCCAUAGACCUUGCCUGUUAUAAGCAGACUGUAUUUCUCCCUAGAUUUCCACUCCAGGGGUGAAUAAACUAGGUGAGCCCACACAUGCCCAAUAAACAUUUUCUCUCAUUUCCUGGUUUACUUCCCAUCCAGUGUGCUUUUGGAUAAGCAAGAUUAUCUAAGUGGGAUGUGGGAGUUCUCUAGCCACAGAACGUGAAUGAGACGUAAAACAAACCAUUGAUUACAUUGUUUAAAGUCUUGCUUUCUAUCUUAAAUUUAAAUACAUGUUUUCAGUCUUUGUCUCUCAGACUCUGCUAUAGACUCAUGUAGCUUAUGGAAAUAACUGUCUCUUUGAAUAAAGGUCAAUGGAAACAAAACUAGUUUUUGGAGCAGGUGGUCUCUGGGAUUAUAUAUCCCACUAGUGAUUUUCUCACGUUCCUAUUCUAGCUUAAUGAGGAUAUUCCAAACUUGAGUAUCUGGUUCUCACAGCCGUAGAAGCAGAAGUAUAUUCUCUACUCUUUCUUAGUAUUAAUCCUACUCCAUUAUUCAUUAGGACAGAAGUCGAAAUGAAAAAAAUAUAUUUAUCUGUCAGCCACCUCUUUCAUGCAGGAAGUAGCAUCAGAACUUGCACAGACUGUCCUGAUUCCUCCAGACUACUUUAAUCUCUCUACUCUGACCGAAUCAAGAGAGUUAUAAAUUUCAAUUGCUGAAUAGCAGCAUCCUGAGUCUAGAAAGUAUCUAAACUCUAGAUCGUCUUGUUCCCUGUUUUUGGCUUCCUAUGUAAAUUGACAGAUGCUGUCUACCCGUAAGAGUUCUGGAAGUAGUUUUGUCUAUAUUUAAUCCACAGAUACCCUCCUAGUCCUUCGUCUUGUGUCAACCCUCCUUCUGGCCAAAUCUCUAAAAUGUUUUUCAGUUGAGGUAGUGCAAAGAGAAGCUUAUUAAGAAAAACCCUAGUUGGAACGUCAAUUUGGUAUCUAAAGCAUGCUGAUAGGAGGUUUAGUAUUUGGACUAGAGGAAAGGCACCAAGUUGUGCUAACGUCAAGCGUUUAUUAUACCGAUACUAGAAAUGCAUCCUGCCUCUUGACCAUUAGAGAGAAAUCGGCUGUCAAAGAGUUAAUGCGGGUGACUGGCCCUGAAAUUAAAUCUUCCUGAUCAGAGGUAAUUAAAUGAAUGAUUAGAAUUUUCAUCUCCUCCCCAAACCUGUCUAGGCCCACAAAAUUCCCCAAUUAACUUUUUGUUGUUGUUUUUAUUUUUCACUUCGGGUACCACUUAGGUAGCUAGAGAUGCAAAUUUUAACAUGAAACAAAUUCUCAAUGUGAGGUUGAGUGGAGCUUUAGUCUGGCUCUCUGAAAAUACAAAAACCAGUCCAUGUGUUGUCUCUGCCUGAUUUAGUUUUUCUUUCCAUUUGAACAAUUUGGCAGGAAUUGAAACCAGAUUUUCCUGUGGAAAGUUUUAGCUUGACUGAGGGUGUGAAAGUUGAGUUCUUUCUUGCAACUCUGGGUCAUGUUUAUAUUGUUAAGAUGAGGAUGUCUUCAGUUUGAAUCUGCAUAAUGUUCAUUUCAAAACACCUUCUCGUUUAACGCAUAUGACCUUCACGUUUCUGUAUAAUAAAGAUAAUUAUUGGCUC